AUGACGUCGGUAGCGCGCAGUCCCCGCAAGUUUCAGGCCUCGCGUGCCAUCAAGUGCGAGCCAAAUGCUCAGUCGAGCACCGAAAUGGUGGUACAAAAUACUCCGUGGAGCGCAUCUAUGAGCAACGUGGAUGGCGGAUCUCGCACCGAGGUGUAUGCUCUCGUCAACGAUCGGUACCCUGGUGCGCCCGGUACGGCUCUCGCGAAGGCCGAGGAAGCGGAGGAACGCGCUAAAAUGACAAAGAAGCGCGAGCAAGUUCGGAAAAAGGCAGCUAAUGCUGAGCUCGAACACCUAGGAGUCAAGAACCUGACCAAGCGACGCAGGAGCUCAAGCCCCUACGCGAGCAGCUCUCCCAGCGAGUCGGGCAGCUCUGUGAACGGUGACACAGAAGAAAAGUCCUUUAGGAGCGGCUCACGUCAUCGUCGCGCAUCGUCGCGCAACAGCUCGCCCAUGCCUCUGACGACGGAGGCAACUCGACUACCUCACCACAUCACCAAUGCGCCUGUGCAUCCAAGUCCGCUGGCUACGCAUGCUAUUGCCGCUCAUGACGUGCGCUAA